CCCAUAGACUUGCAUUGAGGGUGUGUGGCGUCACGAACAUGCAUAUUGUUGCUCCUUAUACUCUGAAGUCCAGACAGUUGAUCUCUGCUGUUGUGAUCUUUAGGGGUCCCAGUGUUGAGACCCCUCCCCCCCCCUCCAUCAAUUAGUUAGUUAUCCCAAAUCCUAUGACAUAACCCCCUUUUUUUAAAGUGAUUGUAAGAGAUUUGAAUAAAAUAUCUCAUUUUCUUUUCCUCCAGCUCUGCUCCAUUCAUUUGAGCUGCAAUACCAGACAAAGCCAUUGACUAAGAAUAGCGCUGUUUCUAGGGUUUAAGGGCUCUCUACACAUAUGAAGGUAACAGCAAUGACAUCAGGCUGGCGGGGACUGGAGAUGGAGGCCUGGAAGAACUUGUGGAAGAGCUGAGCAGCGGUAAAGUGAUGUAUGCCUUCUGCCGAGUACAAGACCCCAACUCUGGCCUCCCUAAAUAUGUCCUAAUAAACUGGACAGGGGAAGGGGUGAAAGAUGCCAGAAAAGGGGUUUGUGCCAAUCACGUCAGUACAAUGGCAAACUUUCUAAAGGGAGCACACGUGACGGUUAAUGCCCGUGCCGAUGAGGAUGUGGAGCCAGACUCUAUCAUGGAGAAGGUCGGCAAAGCUUCUGGAGCCAAUUACAACUUCCAUAAGGAGACCAGCCGAGGCAAUGAGGCGCCACAGGGUCCAGUGGGCUCUGUAUACCAGAAAACGAAUGCAAUGUCUGAAAUAAAACGCGUCGGAAAAGAGAACUUUUGGGCCAAGGCAGAGAAAGAUGAAGAGCAGCGCCGACUGGAUGAGCAGAAGAGGGCAAACCUGGAGAAGGAGAGAUUGGACAGAGAACGCAAAGAGAGAGAGCAGAGAGAGGCCGAGGAGAGGGAAAGACGAUUUAAGGCAAGGUCGGGAGAAAUAGAUGCCCAAAGAAGGCAACAGCAAGAGGCAGAAAAAAAAGAUCAGGACCCGGCUGCCCAGAGGUCAGUAAAUGCACGAGAGAUGUUCCAACAGAAAGAGCGUUCUAUGCCUAGCGCACCCGCGGUGAGCACCCAGCCUGGAAGGCUACGCAGUCCCUUCCUUCACAAGUCGACCAGUCAGACUGAGCCAGAGUCUUCUCCUCCAUCACCCCCUGUAAAUCGUGUUCAAGAACCCCCUGCACCCACUGUGUAUCAUGCCCAUCAGACACCCCCAGAGUCUCCUGUUGCCCCUGUAUCACCUGCAGUACCCACUGUCAAUGUGAAAGAGCAAGCUGCUCCCUAUCACCAUGAGAAGGAGGAGGUGGAGGAGGAUUUGUAUCAGGAGCCACCAGAAGACAAUGUCUAUGAAGAGCCCCCUAAGGUGGAGCCCGAAGAGCAGCAAGAGGAGGCGGUCUAUGAGACCGGGAUAGAUGAAGACCGGGGGCUGUGUGCUAGAGCGCUGUAUGACUACCAAGCUGCUGAUGAUACAGAGAUUUCAUUUGAUCCCGACCACAUUAUCACACACAUCGAGAUGAUAGACGAAGGCUGGUGGCGCGGCUAUGGACCCGACGGGCACUACGGCAUGUUCCCUGCCAACUAUGUGGAACUGCUGGAAUAAGAUGAUGAAACAGAAUAAGAAGGGACCCUAAAACAAGAAAGAGUGUCCCUUAUUGCACUGAAACGGUUAUAUUAUCAUGGGCUGUAACCACACAAGAAACACCUAAUGUACUUAAUGUAACGCUUAAUGUUCAGCUGCAGGGCAGACAGCUAGUUCUUACACAUAUUUCUUCCUACCAAGCUGCCAUGUGUUUCUUAUUUUUCUUCGCAUAGUACAGUGUUUCCCAACCAGGCUGCCUCCGGCUGUUGCAAAACUACAACUCCCAGCAUGCCCGGACAGCCAAAGUCUGUCCGGGCAUGCUGGGAGUUGUAGUUUUGCAACAGCCGGUGGCGUACUGGUUGGGGAACACUGGCAUAAACCAAGGAGUUUGACGAAAGCAUAAGUUAUCUACCAAGGUUGAUUAUGGUACGUUCUCCUGUCUUUGCAUUGCAGUGACCUCUAGGGGGCAGAGUUCAGGGACCUAUUGCUGUGUUUUUUUUAUUAUUUUUUUUUUAUUUUUCUUGUGCCACAGUUCUGCUGGGAGCUUCUUCCUCAUAUCAUCCCUACCCCCUUAAUGUUCUCUUACCCAGUAAUUUUUUUUUUUUUACUUUGUGAUUGUAUCGUAUCUAAUUUCUACAUUCCACCUUUAUCUGUGGGUUGGUCACAUGUAAGACAAAAGAUCAUGUAUCUCCCAGGCUUUGAGAGCAACAAGUACCAUCCCACGUUCCGUUCGUUCAUUUGUUCGUUCGUUCAUUCAUUUAUUCAUUCCUUCUUUCAUUUAUUCAUUCAUUCCUGCACACCACCAACUUUCCUCCCCAGCAGGACUUCUAAUUGAGCGAUAUAGGGGGCUUCUAAGAGCCCAUAAGCUGUUGGAUGACAUCCAACCUAUUGUAUUCUUCCUUGUCGGACCGACAGCAUUGCAUACGAAUGCACAAAGUAGGCACUCUUACCUCCUUUUGAAAUUAAAGGGGAACUCGCUACAUAAGUACUUUUUCCCUAUUCAUCAGACACACCCCCCCCCACGCCCCCCCGUGAUCUCCUACCUGGCACCUCAGCUCUCUCCAUGCACAGAUUGCUGUUGACCAUGGCCAUUUGCUGUCCGGGCAUGCUGGGUGUUGUAGUUUUGCAACAUCUGGAGGCCCGCAGGUUGAAGACCACUGGUAUUGGAGGUUGUACUCAUGUGUCCCCGCCGCUCCGGACCGUCACCGCUGCCCGGGAUAUCGCCUUCCAUCGCUGUCACCGCGUCCCCGGGGUGUCCACGACAAUCCGGCAAGGCCUCUGCUUCCCCGGCAUCCUCGCCCUCCGUCGCCGCCAUCACAUCGCUACGCACGCCGCUCCUAUUGGAUGACUGGACGGUGUGCGCAGCAACGUGAUGACGACGAUGGAGAGCACCGACGAUGCAGGGGAUCCCGAAGAGGACGGUCCGGAGCCCCGAGGACAGGUAAGUGAUCUUCACCGGAGCUCACGGGGCACCGUAAACGGCUAUCCGGUGGCAGCUGAAGCAGUCUGCGCUGCCAGAUAGCCGUUUAUGCGAUGGCCCAAACAUACAAAAGCAUCGUAUGUUGAUGCUGCCUCUGAGAGGCCAUCGCAUGUUGAAAUUAUCGUAUGUCGGGGCCAUCGUAGGUCGAGGGGUUAUAUGUGUAUAUGGAGGGGCGUGUCUGACACCACUUUGUGCCGUGGUUGACAGUAAUCCGUGGAAGUCGCUCCUUUCAUGGAGAGCCGGGGUUGCGGGCAGGAGAUUGUGGGGGAUCCGACAGGGAUUUUGUGGAGUUCCCCUUUACUGGAGUUCCCCUUUAAAGUGGUAUUCCAGUUUUCAAGUUUAACAAGUUAAACAGAUUUGUAAAUUACUUUUAUUAAAAAAUAAAAUCUUAAUCCGUCCAGUACUUAUGAGCUGUUGAAGUGGAGUUGCUCUUUUCUGUCUGACCACAGUGCUCUCUGCUGACACUGUCUGUCUCAGGAACAGUCCAGAGUAGGAGCAAAACCCCAUAGCAAACCUCUCCUGCUGACAGACAGAGGUGUCAGCAGAGAGCACUGUUGUCA